CCACCACCACCACCCUCUUCUCUCCCCAAGUGUGUCCCACUCGGCUCGCUGUCAACGGCUGAGUGCGAAGUGAGAGUCAGGCAGCCUCCGCCCAGAACCUCCCUAAGCCCCAAGCCAAGCUGCGACCCGCCGCGACUUCGCUCCGGCGGAAUGACCGACAAUAUCCCCCUGCAACCAGUCAGGCGACCAAAGAGAAACAACAGCAAACACAGGCAUGGGUGCUGUCCGUGGUCCAAAUGUUGUGGCAUGUGCGACUUCCGUCCCCGCACAGUGUGGCUCGGCCAUCCGGAAAAGCGGGAGCAGAGGUACCCUCGGAAUGUCAUUAACAACCAGAAGUAUAACUUCUUCACCUUCCUGCCUGGGGUGCUUUUUAAUCAGUUCAAGUACUUCUUCAACCUCUACUUCUUGUUACUGGCCUGCUCUCAGUUUGUGGACGAACUGCGAUUAGGUGACCUCUACACCUACUGGGUCCCCUUGGGUCUGGUCUUGACCAUCACUAUCAUUCGAGAAGCUGUUGAUGAAAUAAGAUGCUACAUUCGUGACAAAGAAGUGAACUCGCAGAUCUAUAGCAAGCUGACCACAAGAGGCACAGCGAAGGUCAAAAGCAGCAACAUUCAAGUGGGAGAUCUAAUAAUAGUUGAAAAGAACCAGCGUGUUCCUGCUGACAUGAUCUUUUUAAGGACCUCUGAGAGAAAUGGCUCCUGUUUCCUUCGCACCGACCAGCUGGAUGGGGAGACCGACUGGAAGCUGCGUCUCCCAGUUGCAUGCACGCAGAGGCUACCGACUGCUGCAGACCUUCUACAAAUCCGAUCCUACGUGUAUGCCGAGGAGCCAAACAUUGACAUCCAUAACUUUAUUGGAACCUUCACCAGAGAGGAUGGUGACCCUCCGAUCAACGAAAGCCUCAGCAUUGAGAACACACUUUGGGCCAGCACAGUUGUCGCCUCGGGCACAGUUGUGGGGGUGGUGAUUUAUACUGGCAAGGAGCUGCGUAGCGUCAUGAAUACCUCCAACCCAAGACACAAGGUGGGCUUGUUUGACCUCGAGGUGAACUGUUUGACAAAGAUCCUGUUUGGGGCAUUGGUGGUCGUGUCUUUGGUCAUGGUGGCACUGCAGCACUUUGCUGGACGCUGGUAUUUGCAGAUCCUUCGCUUCCUACUGCUCUUCUCUAACAUUGUGCCUAUCAGCCUGCGUGUCAAUCUGGAUAUGGGAAAGAUGGUUUUCAGUUGGAUGAUCAAGAAGGACUCCAAGAUACCUGGCACGGUGGUUAGAGCCAGCACCAUACCUGAACAGUUGGGCCGCAUCUCCUACCUGCUGACUGACAAAACAGGAACGCUCACCCAAAAUGAGAUGGUGUUCCGGCGCCUUCACCUUGGCACUGUGGCUUACGGUAUGGACUCUAUGGAUGAAGUGCAGAGCCAUGUGUUCAGUGCCUAUACACAGCCCACCCAUGACCUUCCGGCCUCUAGGACCCCAGCGGCCACAAAGGUUCGCAAAACCAUCAGCAGUAGGGUUCACGAGGCGGUGAAAGCCAUCGCGUUGGUGCACAACGUCACGCCGACAUAUGAAUCCAACGGUGUGACUGACCAGGCUGAGGCAGAGCAACACUACGAAGACACCUGCAGAGUGUACCAGGCUGCCAGCCCAGACGAGGUGUCGCUGGUGCAGUGGACGGAGAGUGUUGGUUUAACACUGGUUGGGAGAGAUCAGUCCUUCAUGCAACUCAGGACUCCUACUGGCCAAAUUAUGAACUUCACUAUCCUGCAGAUUUUCCCUUUCACAUAUGAGAGCAAGAGGAUGGGCAUCAUUGUGCGGGAUGAAUCAACUGGAGAGAUCACAUUCUACAUGAAGGGUGCGGAUGUGGUGAUGGCUGGCAUUGUCCAGUAUAAUGAUUGGCUGGAAGAAGAGUGUGGGAACAUGGCAAGAGAAGGUCUCCGCGUCCUUGUUGUCUCCAAGAAGUCCAUGACUGAGGAACAGUAUCAAGACUUUGAAGCGCGCUACGUCCAGGCCAAGCUCAGCGUGCAUGACCGCUCCCUUAAAGUUGCCACGGUGAUCGAAAGUCUGGAAAUGGAGAUGGAGCUCCUGUGUUUGACUGGCGUGGAGGACCAGCUGCAGGCUGACGUUAGGCCCACUUUGGAGAUCCUACGCAAUGCAGGCAUCAAGGUUUGGAUGCUGACAGGAGACAAGCUGGAAACAGCCACGUGUACCGCCAAGAACGCCCACCUGAUCACCCGCAACCAGGAUAUCCACAUCUUCAGACCUGUGACCACGCGAGGAGAAGCCCAUCUGGAACUCAAUGCAUUCCGGAGGAAACAUGACUGUGCCCUGGUGAUAUCUGGUGACUCGCUCGAGGUUUGUCUAAAAUACUACGAAUACGAGUUCAUGGAGCUGGCUUGUCAGUGUCCCGCUGUGGUCUGCUGCCGGUGUGCCCCAACCCAGAAGGCUCAGAUCAUCCGGCUAUUGCAGGAGCGGACGGGCAAACUCACCUGUGCUGUAGGAGAUGGAGGAAACGAUGUCAGCAUGAUCCAGGAAGCCGACUGUGGCGUGGGAGUGGAGGGAAAAGAAGGUAAACAGGCCUCCCUGGCCGCAGACUUCUCUGUGACUCAGUUCAAACAUUUAGGCCGUCUCCUGAUGGUUCACGGACGCAACAGCUACAAAAGAUCUGCAGCCCUCAGCCAGUUUGUCAUCCACAGGAGCCUUUGCAUCAGUACCAUGCAGGCUGUCUUCUCAUCUGUCUUCUAUUUUGCUUCAGUACCGCUCUAUCAAGGUUUCCUCAUUAUUGGCUACUCCUCUAUCUACACCAUGUUCCCUGUCUUCUCUUUGGUAUUGGACAAAGACGUCAAAUCUGAAGUCGCUAUGUUAUAUCCUGAGUUGUACAAAGAUCUGUUGAAGGGUAGACCUCUGUCCUUUAAGACUUUUCUAAUAUGGGUUUUAAUAAGUAUUUAUCAAGGCAGCAUCAUCAUGUACGGGGCGCUGCUGCUCUUCGAGUCCGAGUUUGUCCACAUCGUAGCCAUCUCCUUCACAUCGCUCAUUCUCACUGAGCUGCUCAUGGUGGCGCUGACCAUUCAGACGUGGCACUGGCUCAUGAUGGUCGCAGAGCUCCUCAGCUUGGCCUGUUACGUGGCAUCGCUCGUCUUCCUGCACGACUUCAUUGAUGUGUACUUCAUCACAACUCCGUCAUUCCUGUGGAAGGUGACGGCCAUCACCCUGGUCAGCUGCCUGCCCCUUUACAUCCUCAAGUACCUGCGGCGACGCUUCUCUCCACCCAGCUACUCAAAGCUCACCUCCUAAGGAGCGCAGUGUGUUGGUUGGCCUACAUUAUGUGACAUGGACACAUUUAACACUAACAUCAAAUCCUCAGUUCUAAACAAAUGUGAGUUUUUGCCUGUAUGUAAUAAAUAUGACACAGUUUGCUAAUUUAUUCAUGCGCAUGGUGUUCCUUAAAAUAAUAAUCCCAUGGAGGUCAGUGGCCUUUUUAAAGCUAUCAUUCGCCACCUUUAGUUUAUUGCUGGACUCGAGACUCGAUUCACUAUCCGCAAACUGUGAUUUCUAAAAUGAGUUCCAGAAUUAUACACUUUAAAACGAGUGAAGCGGCCAUAAAAGUCACGUUUGUUUAUGCGUCAGGCAGUGGAGGCGGCCGAUGUCAGCAGCGUCUGAGGCUAAAUUGGUCCUUGCGUCUUUCUGUUCUGCCCCCACACCCCCGGCAGGGUUGGUUAUUGUGGGCACUUUGCCACCUCUCAUGUGGUAGUGACCUAAAGCCAUAAAAGAAAAUACCUAGCAGCUCUUUUGCUGGCCUCAACAACAAAAGGAUCACUAUGUGGAAUACCCUGUUAAUAUUGUCAAUAUGUUAAUUUCCUUACUUUUUCUAAGUAAUGCAGUGAAUCGUAUUGUGUCUCUGACCUUCUGUGUUUUAUGAAAUGAUUAUUUAAAAAUGAUUUUUAAAAAAAACAAACAAAAAAAUGUUAUUUAUUAUGUGGCCAUUAAAGGGAAAAGCAUGAUUGGGGUGCCUGUAAAUAACUUAUUUCUAUGUUGAUGUAUUUACCUUUUUUCUUUUUAAAUGCUAUUGGUUGGAAAGGGACAAGACGAACAAAAAUGUGUCAUUGUGCUGAUGGUUAAUAAAUUUUCUGCUUUGUUAUCCUGG